AUGGGGCUCGCGUGCUCGCGGCGGAGGAGCCCAGGGGAGGAUGACGUCAUCUCGGAGUUUGAUGAUUGCGGCGGGGCCCCCCUCAUGAGGAAACGGUCCCUGCAGUUGACGCCGCUCCCGGCGCCAUUUGACAGACCGGCCCAACCAGGAGCGACUCUUCAAGAGCUUUCCAUCCGCGCAAUUUGCAAGAGCCUGGCGGACUCGCCUCUAUCUUUGGCGCCUCUCCCACGGGACCUUACGCAGCGGAUCCUGGACGAACUGGUCUCGACGCGCAGCCUCAAGCGGGGCAUGCUAAAGGCGUUCAAGGGCUGCUGCCUACAGGAUGUACAUAUGGCGAGCUAUCCCGGCGUGGAAGACGAGUGGCUCGAGUUCCUGGAUCACGGCGACUGCAGCUGUACCUGCUCGCUGGACCUCAGCCACUGCCGCGAGAUCUCCGACAACGCACUCGUGUACAUACAGCGCGCAAAGAACCUCGAGAGUCUCCUGCUUAACGGCUGUCUCCGGCUGACCGACCUAGGGCUCUGCAACAUCACUGGCUUCGACAAGCUGACCCACCUGAGCCUCCAAGGCUGCGACUAUAUCACCGCCAUCGGCAUGCGGUGCUUCGCCGGGCUCACCAGUCUGGAGGUGCUCGACCUAGAGAUGUGCAGCAGACUGCACGGGGGCUUCCGGUACCUCACGAAGUUGACGAGGCUGCACACGCUGAACCUGGGAUGGUGCAGCUCGGUGGAGGACUAUGACGUCAUGUCGCUCCAGGGCAUGACGGGGCUGACGGACCUCCGCAUCUCGCGGACCAAAGUGACGGACAUCGGCGUAAACCACCUGAAAGAUCUGAAGUUGAAGAAGCUCUUCAUGGCGGGGUGCCCCAUAAGCGAUGCGAGCAUGGAGGUCGUAUGCAGCAUGCCAUCACUCGAGAACCUGAGCGUCGAGUGGUGCUCCGUGACGGACGCCGGCUUCCGGCGCGCAAACGAGCUGUCCAACCUAGAGAGCCUGAAUCUUUCGUACUCACGCAUCGGUGACAAGACGCUCAAGAGCAUAAAAGGUCUGCCCAAGCUGCGGACGCUGAACCUGGACUCGUGCCACGUGUCCAACGAGGGCUGCCGCCACCUGGCGGCGCUCGCCGAGCUGCGCGAGAUCGACCUCUCAGACAGCCCCGUCGGGAACGCUGGGCUACGACACCUCACAGCCCUCAAGAAGCUGGAGGCCAUUCUCUCAUUCUUCAAAGCCUACCCGCCAAGACGUUCCUUCGUUAUCACUCUGAUCCUUUCAGAAACCCCUGCCAACGCAUUCGCCCUCAAGAAGCUGGAGACCAUUCUCCUCUCCUACACCGGCGUAACCGACUCGGGCCUCAAGGCCCUCGCCCCCAUGACGUCACUCACGUCCCUCAACCUCGACUCGCGUCACAUUAGUGACGUCGGGCUCUCGCACUUGACCACUCUGACGGGGCUGCGCGCGCUGGACCUUUUUGGCGCCAAAAUCAGCGACCAGGGCGCGGCGAUGCUGAAGAGCUUCAAGCAGCUGGAGAGCCUGGAGCUGUGCGGAGGGGGGAUCACGGACCUAGGGGUGCGGCACCUGAAAGAGCUGACCAAGAUGAAGUCGCUGAACCUGAGCCAGAACAGCCGGCUGACGGACGACUCGCUGAAGUCCAUCUCCCACCUUAGCGGCCUCCAGUCGCUCAACCUCAUGCAUUCCAAAAUCACCAACGAUGGCAUUCCCCACCUUAAGAGCCUGCAGUCGCUGACGUCACUCGCGCUCUACAACUGCAACAUCAGCCCCAUCGUAGUCGAGAAGCUCCAGAGCAACCAUCUUCCGCGCCUGACCGUCAUCGGCCUCGAGUGA